UCAGUGCUUGCGGAAGCACAGAGUGGAAUGUUGAUACAUUGUUGUUGUUUUGUAGUUAAUUUAGUUCAGGGAAACAUUUCGCUUCGGUUGCAGGACGCGAGACAGGGCUCGACCUGUUGAUUCCAGGACACUUCUCAGAGAUUCCGCGUUCAUAAGAUUUUUGAGGAGUUCUGACUAGCUGCUUGUAUGCAGGGCAUGACGACUCAUUUUAAAGCGGGCAAAGCUUUAAAGGUCAAGAAGGAGGUGGGUGAGAAUGCCCCGGCGCUCAGUGAUGACGAGCUGGUGGCCAUGUCGGUGCGGGAGCUCAACCAGCACCUGCGCGGGUUGACAAAGGAAGACAUGGUCCGGCUGAAGCAGAGGCGGCGCACGCUAAAGAACCGCGGUUACGCUGCCAGCUGCCGCAUCAAGCGUGUCACACAGAAAGAGGAGCUUGAACGGCAAAAAACAGAGCUGCAACAAGAAGUGGACAAACUGGCUCGUGAAAACGCCAGCAUGCGAUUGGAGCUGGACGCACUUCGUGCUAAGUACGAGGCCCUGCAGUGCUUUGCCCGGACUGUCACCCGUGGGCCUCCUGGUAAGGUGGCCACCACCAGCGUCAUCACUAUUGUCAAGUCUGCCAAUCACAGCCCCAGCUCUGCCCCUUUUUCAGCACAUUCGUAGUCCUGAUCCUGCCUAGCCCCUUUCUGGUCCAAUCCAGCUCUGAAUCUAGACAGGCUCACGGGCCGCCGCUCGACCCACACUGAGAGGAAGCUCAGUGGUCAGACUGAGAGGAGGGUGGCGGCCUUAAUCUGCGUGACUACAACAGGCUGCAUCCAUUUUUUCACUUCUCUCUCUUUUACACACUCAAAAAACACCUAUACAUACAAAAACACAUCUAUAUUGUCUGUGCACUGUGCUAUAACCUCCGGCACCGGCAGGGCACACUGACCACUCUUUCAACCUCACCACAGGCUGAGAUUAAGCAGAGAUGAGCACUUGUUAAUGUGUGAGAUAGUACUUGACUUAACCUGCCAUGGCAGCACUGGUUCGACAGCUAUGAUGGCCAUGACAAAUUAUUACCGUAUUUUUCAGACUAUAAGUCACACCUGAGUGUAAGUUGCAUUGGUCCAAAAAUACGUCAUGAUGAG